AAUGAACUCUUCCAGCGCUCAACGGGAGAAAGGGCAUGCAGGCGCAAAAAGUGGCUCAGGUGCACCUGCACCUGCGUCAGGAAGUGGCUCAGCCAGCAGCUCGCCCCGUUCAACAGGUUCAGCGAGUCACGCCCGGUGAUCACCUUCACGCAAACAUUCCGUACGUGUUUGCUUACUGCAGCCGGUCCAGCGCGCAGCUCGCUAAAAACACUUGUAAGAAGUAAAUAAGAGUCACCCGAUCGCCCGGUGCCCUCGCUAACAACGCGGACGGUUGAUCCUCCAAGUUUCUUUUUUUACUUUUACACUUUUUAUGCUUUGAAGGGCAGUGAUGGAGCAGCAGGAGGCGGUGUUGCUAAACGCAGCCCCGGCGGAUGGUGCGCGGGGAGGACCGCCGUUGUUAGACCGCACAGGUGCUUGUUGUCAUGGAGGAGCAAAGAUGGCGGUCCUGGCCUACAGCCUGGGCAAACGCGAAAUAAAUCACCAUUUCACCAUCAGAAAUGCCAAACUGAUAUCGACGGCACUCGUCGUUUUACUCGUCGUGUUUCACACAGCUUCGCGGUACUAUGGAGGCGGAGACUCGUGUGAGCGGCUGCUGUCCAGGGGACGCUACUUGGGGGAGAACGUGUGGCAGCCGUACGGCUGCAUGAUGCACAAAUACAGAAGCACUGAAUCCAAAACCUGCCUCGCUGAAAAGCGAGUGGCCUUUCUCGGUGACUCCCGGAUCAGGCAACUCUUUUAUUCCUUCAUAAAAAUUAUUGACCCUGGGCAAGCAGAAGAUGGAAACAAGCACGAGGACAUUUCCUUUGAAGUUCAGAGUUCCUCCGUCAAUGUGGACUUUCUGUGGUAUCCAGAGGCAAAUAAUUCAAUGAAGGAGCGCUUGACUUCAUGGACAAACGGAGAUUUACCAAAGCCAGAUGUUGUCAUCCUUGGAGCUGCAACUUGGUCCAUCAAGUUUCACAGCGGCAGCAGCGAGACACUGGAGCAGUACAAAGUCAACCUGACUGCUAUCGCUGUGCACCUGGAGAAGCUGGCUGACCAUGCAGAGGUCUAUUGGGUCCUGCAAGAGCCGGUUAACGAGGAGGUGUUGAGUGAGAGCAGGAAAAUGAUCACCAAUCAGCAGGUGGACCUCUACAAUGAAGCGGCGGUGGACGUGUUCAACAAAAACAAGCGCAGCGGCGGGUCCAGGGUCCAGCUGUUGGCUGCGUCCCGCCAGGCUGCAAUGCAAACCGUGGCCCAGUCCGACGACGGCCUGCACCUUCCCGAGGCCACCAGGAACGUGGGCGCCAUGGUGCUCAUGAACUCCCUGUGCAACAAGCUGCUCCGGCCCAUUGACGGCUCCUGCUGCCAGACGUUCGCCGCCCCAAACCUCCUGCAGAAGCUGUCGGCGCUUAUCUUCGUGGGCUCGGCCGCGGCCCUGCUGGUUUUCCACGUCCUCGGCAGGAACCGCCACCGCCGCCCCGUGCCGCCCGACGCGGAGAGCCUCGAGGAGAAGAAGCCGGCGACCGCCGCCGCCCCUCUGGGUCUGACGGCGCCGUUGCAGGCCCUCUGCAGGAUGGGCGUCAUCAUGAGCUAUUUUUACCUCUGCGACAGAGCGGACGUGUUCAUGAAGGAGCAGAAGUUCUACACCCACUCCACGUUCUUCAUCCCCCUGAUCUACAUCUUUGUCCUGGGAGUGUUCUACAGCGAGAACACCAAGGAGACCAAAUUACUCAACCGUGAGCAGACGGACGAGUGGAAAGGCUGGAUGCAGUUAGUCAUCCUCAUCUAUCACGUAUCUGGAGCCAGCGCUUUCCUUCCGGUGUACAUGCAUGUGCGGGUGCUGGUGGCAGCGUACCUCUUUCAGACCGGAUAUGGACACUUUUCCUUUUUCUGGCUUAAAGGAGACUUUGGACUGUACAGGGUGUGCCAGGUACUUUUCCGUCUGAACUUCCUGGUCUUGGUGCUGUGUCUAGUAAUGGACCGACCCUACCAGUUCUAUUACUUUGUCCCUUUGGUCACCUUCUGGUUUGUGGUCAUCUACGCUUUGCUGGCCGUGUGGCCUCAGAUCCUUCAGAAGAAAGCCAACAGUAGGUUUCAGAAAGGUAGUGGCUUGUGGCACUUUGGGGUCUUGGCAAAGUUACUGAGCCUCCUGCUGUUCAUCUGCCUCUUUGCCUUUUCGCAGGGUUUCUUUGAGCGAGUCUUCUCCGUUUGGCCCAUCUCGGCACUCUUUGAGCUAAACGGAAGCGUCCACGAGUGGUGGUUCAGGUGGAAGCUGGACCGAUUUGCGGUGAUCCACGGAAUGCUGUUCGCCCUCAUCUACCUGGUGCUUCAGAAGCGCCAGGUGCUGUCGGAGGGCAAAGGAGAGGCCCUCUUCUCUGCCAAGAUUUCCAACCUGCUCCUCUUCCUCUCCGUCGUCUCCUUCAUAACCUACUCCAUAUGGGCGAGCAGCUGCAAAACCAAAACCGAGUGCAACGAGAUGCAUCCUUACAUCUCUGUGGUCCAGAUUUUGGCCUUCAUUCUCAUUAGAAACAUUCCCGGCUACGCCCGAUCCAUUUACAGCUCAUUCUUCGCCUGGUUUGGAAAGAUCUCCUUGGAGCUGUUCAUAUGCCAGUACCACAUCUGGCUUGCAGCAGACACCAAAGGCAUUUUGGUCCUCAUCCCGGGAAACCCUUCACUUAACAUCAUGGUCAGCACCUUCAUCUUUGUGUGUGUGGCUCACGAGAUUUCCCUCAUCACCAAUGAUCUGGCCCAGGUGGUCAUCCCCAAAGACAACAUGGCCCUGCUGAAAAGACUGGGGGCUGUCGGGCUCCUCGCUGCUCUUUGGCUGCUGCUGGCCAGGGGGAACAGCCACCCCACACCAGGCGCCUGAUGGAGGCCAUGGGGGGGAGCACAACAGACUUUCCAAGCCCCCUGCCAAGCCAGGCCCAGAGAAGGCCGGGUGUUUGUUUUUUGGGGGUUUUGGGUUGUUGUUUUUUUUAGCCCUCGACUGUGUCGGACGCGGGGACCCGAAGGCCGAGUCUGUACUAUUUGACUGCUGUGAAAGUCGCACACUGAAUUAAAGCGGUUGCUCUAUUCCAGGGCCAAUCGCAAAGAGCCGGAAAGAAACCGCUCAAAGCGUUUCCAUUAUGUGGAUUCAGUGGAAGAGCAGAGGCGCCAUUCUCACAUCUCAUGUUAAACAAAAAGAGGUUCUUUUUUUAAGACCUCAUGCUUGCUGUGUGAAUAUUUGCAGCGUUGCUUACAAUUUAGCCAAACACCAAGAAGAAGUUUUUUUGCCACAUGCACUUCAACUCGUCACCUCAACAUCCGUAGACCCACACACUCCGAACACGUGGCAGGUGAAGGCGUUUUCACUCAGGAUCCAUAGUCUACAUAUUCAGAUAUCUAUAAAAAAAAAAAUGAGGAUAAUUCACUGUGCUUCAUUUUACUAUCAAAACCUCUUUUGUACGGUAUCUCUGGGGACUUAGUUUAGAUAUCUAAAUAUGCAAAAUAUGGACCAACAACUGACUUGGGUAAUCUAAAAAUUGUUCAAACUAAAGUGAAAGUUCGGAGUGCAAUUGUUGAAAAGUUGCAUUUUCCGUUGACAUGUUUUUGCGAGUGAUUUUUAGAAAUGUUUGCCUUUCGGCUGAAAAGAUACCGUCGUCACCCGCUCUAGCUCUGAAAUUCUACGUGAUAUGUACAGUAUUUAAUGAUUUAAAUUAUGUUUAUAUUUUAUAAAAGGUUUUUGGGGCUUUGUUUUGAUUUUUGUACCUUUUUGGCUCAUGACUGCUGCUCGGGAGGGACGUCUUACAGGGAUCACUUUGUACCCAUCCCGGCAUCCGGCAGAUGAUCACUUCGCCUCAGAGACGCACUGCGAGGUCGAGCCUUUACAGCCUGACACUCGUCCGUCCUAUUAGCUCACUGCGUAGUCUGUGUAUUAUUAUAAUAAUAAUAAUAAUAGUAGUAGUUCAUUUUUGCCCUCCUUACAGGCUUAUUUAAAAACACGCCUCAUUAGCUCUGGUGGAAAACGCACUGGCUUGCAUAUAUUCUCUUUGAAUAGGAAUAACCUCGAAAUACUCAUCCGCCCUCUGCUGUAGCACAUUUUUGGUCAGUGGAUGGAAAAAGUGAGUUGGUGGACUAAAAAGCCUUUUGGACACGUGGCUUAUAAGCAGAGAAAACCUGGGAUGUUGCCCGGUGACCCUUUUUGUACCAGGGCCAAAAAAUCCACUUUUAAAACGACUCCCUAAGUGAUGCGCAUAAUGAGCUGAGAGGACGUAUAACUGUCACUUAGAGGAAAAUAUUGUAUUUUUUGUCAGCAAAUGGGUAAUAUUUGCUGAUUUCUCUUUGCCUAUUUUAUCCUAAGACAUUUAUGGGAUAUUCGCACUUUCAUGUUUUCUUUUAUUCUUAACAGUGAAAACAAACAAACAUGUUUAACAACGUACCGGUGCAGAUACUUUCUGUACUUCAGCACAUUUUUAUUAGGUAAAUGUUUGGUCACUUAGCAAAUGUAUAUUAGAAGAUCCAAGCUGCACCACUUAUAGAUUAAAACAUUUAUUCAAUUUACCAUGGGGGUGGUAGAAGAUUGCUUUGUCUAUAGUUUUUUGUUUUACAAAUAUGUAGCAUAAAAUAAUUAAUUUCUUCUUUACAGUGAAACACUUUCUCAUCUUCUCGUGUCAGUUAUCUGAUGUGCAGCCUCUGUUGGAUUCGCUGAAUAAGCGCAAAGAAAAAUUCAUCUCAUCGCCUCGUUGUAUUGAUGAAAAUGGCCUUUCCUUGAUGCAAUUUCCAUUCCUAUGUGAUGUUUACUGAUCAACCGCUAUGAAUUUGUUAAAUGUUUCAGGCCUUAAUAGAUCUUUUUGGUCGUGUAAAAGCAACAAAUAUUAACACCCCUGUUCAGGGCCUCUUUGAAAUAUGUUACAUGUACAUUUUUCGGUGAUGUCUUAAAAAUGUCAAAUGUAUCCAUAUUAUUUAUAAAUGCCUUUAAGUCGUUGUACAUUGUUAAUACCUUCAUAAAAUGUGCUUUUCAUGUAA